AUGGCCAGCUGGCCAUUUUCCUUCAUGCCGGCAUGGUUGAUCUUUUGUGUAACUGUCGUACUCGCGACUAAUAUCUCCAACGACUUCUCGAGUUUCAUCCCCAGCUGUGCCGGAGAAUGCUUCGCCUCUUUCCUCAACGUCAAUUAUGCUCAGAAAGUUUGCACCGGAAAACCUCUGCUGGAUUGUCUGUGUUCUCGAAGGGGCGCCUCGGGAUUCACUCUCGGUGAGGGUGCAAUGCAAUGCAUAUCUGCUGAACGAUCCAUUGGUUACUGCUCCAUAGUCGAAGCCAGUGACAGAGUCAUCGAAAAUGCAUAUGAUAUUUGCAAUGGGAGACCUGGCGCGGUCCAUCCUACUUAUCUCACCAUCACGGCAACAUUAGUUUUAGCUCCUACGGGAGGAGUUGUGACUUUUCCCUCAGUGACUACCAAGACUACUUCACGGCCGGAUACAUCUAGCGCUAUUAGUACGUUGCCGACAACAUUGGUCAUAGACACAUCCUCGCCCCCUAUUAUUCCAAGACCAUCGACGAAACCAGUUGGCUCAACAACACGAUCGACGGCCAGAGAACACUCUACGACUGAUUCAUCAGAUGAUUCAGAUAUCAUCUCGAUCACGGAGCCUCCGUUCACUAAGCCCACUACAUUUGAGACCUCUACAUACACUUCAACUUCGAGUUCAGAGUCCGAGACCACCACGGGCGUACAGGGUGGUGCUGGUGGGGCAAGCAAAGACGAGGACAGCGAUGAUUCAGCCAAACUCUCCACUGAGCAGGUCGCUGGUAUUUCAGUCGGCGUCCUCGCCGCAGUGGGGGUUGCCGUUGGAGCUAUUGUAUUGGCAAGAUACCAUCGACGAAGAAAGUAUCCUCAGAUCAAGACUGGUUUUCUUCCCAUGAGGGACACCUGGGGUUAUAAGCCAGAUCGAUCUGACAACGGUGGACAUAAUUCGUGGAUGGUUCACCAACUGCGACCUGAUUUGAAUCCUCCAAAUCACCCACCACCGCCGCCAACUUCCAACCGUAGGAGUGUCAAGCCUGAAGCCAUUGGUGUAGCAUUAUCACCACCUCCCUCGAGCCGCAACACGGCGGUGCAUACAUCUCCAUUGAGGCGACUAUCAAAGCUGCUCCCUGCGAAACCGACCCUACCGGAUAUAUCUGCCGGAGACACCAUUGACAAGCCCUUGCCUAUUCUCCAUGCGGAGCAAGCUGACGGUAGACGCCCAGAUGAUGGACAUUCAUCGCGAGAUGAGAGCUCUUCAAUACCACCACCACCGCCGCCAACACUCGAUGCUGCUGCUUGGACAGGAAGAUCUAAGCCGACACCACCCGCACCACUGAAGCUACAAAUACCACAAGCCGAGAAACCGGAUGGACCAGCUGUACGGAUGAGCAACCGUGAGAGUAACGUGACGGAGUUUGAAGAAGACCGUACGUCGAUAUCUCCAAACGCCAGCACUCAAGUCUGGAGACCACCAACAACGCCUCUUUCAGCAACAACCUAUUAUGUCGCCGACCAAUACGGCAAUUGGGUUCUGGGAAACCCGAAGCGUGCCUCGGUGAUUGCUCGAGGGUCGCAGGAGUCCAAGGUUUCUCAGGAGGGAGCAUUAAGACCACCCAACAAUGAUAGCGCCCCCCUCACUAGUACAGAACGAAGCGGCACUAGAUCGCUUGCUCCUCCAGCUGAGAUUAUUCCUGGUGGUGCACCGUCCAGACCUGGUCUACCUCGUCCGCAGUAUCCCUCCCCCUUCUUCUCUUCCCAGUCUCACCCAAGACGCAGCGCUUCCAAUCGUCGUUCCAUGGCAAGACCCCUGACUCGACCACGUGAAGACUCUAGCAGUAGUAGCGCCACCAUCAUCACCACCUCAACCGAGUCCUCAAGCAUUCCGUCUGUGGCACCAGAACAGCAAGUCAGCCUCUCUCCUGUUGUUGAAUCUCCACAGUCAGUCCGAGCUCGUCAGCAGCAGCCUCAGAUCCCCCCACGAGAUCCUCGACGUGCCAGCCAGAUGGGCAACUCUGGUGUCAGUGUCAAUCCGCGAGCUGCCCCUCCUACGCGACAGGUAGUUUACAGCCCUCCUGGGCAGCCAAGCCCGACCUUGGGUCUGAUGCAGCCUCCUAGUGCAUACUACGUGGCACUACAGUCCAAAGCGCAGCUGAAUGCGCAACCACAACAGAAACCUCAACCAGCUGUUCAGGGCCUGCAACCCACCGACAACACAGGUAUACAGGCAGCCUUAUCGACAAUGCGCAUUGUGGAGCCCUCUCCGGAACCAGAUGAGACCACAGAACCCGCGAGUGUCAAAGAAGAUCAGAUCCGGGUGUCCCCCUUCUAUUUUGACCCACCAUAUCCUCAACCUCUUCAGUCCCGCCAAACUUCUCAGCAUCGCCGUUCUGCAUCAGGGCCUCAGCCUCAGCAGUACCAACCAUAUCAGAGGCCUCCCUCGUUUCAACCUUCCCCUCAUCAACAACAGGCAGCCUGGCAACCUGUCCAGAGACUGCAUCCACACAAUCACCCGCAACAACGCUACAACCAGCAGCAGCAGCAGCAGCAACAAAACCCUUGGCAGCCUAUACAACGUACACCCACAGCAUAUCCGUCAUUCCAGCAACAGCAACAGCAACAGCAGCCUCUGCAGUCCUAUCAGCGCACAUUCCCGCACCAGCAGCCCUACCAACAACCACAGAUGUACCCUUCUUUCCAUCCUCGGCCAAGCCACCAACCUUACCCUCAUAAUACAGGAGGUUACCAGUCAUUUCAACCCUAUCCUGCCGGGCAGCAGGCUCAAAUGCACUCCGCUCAAUACCAGAGUUACCGCCCCCCGCAAUCAAUGAAACCUUCACUUGUUCACUCUGAUAGCCAGGAUUCACUUCUAGCUAAGCGCGUCGGCUUGGAUCGCGCCGCUGGUAUGACUAUUGGUACAGACAAAACUGGCGCUUCAAAGUGGAAUCGUGAUAUUCAAGACAAGACACCACCAAACCUUCCUAUGUCGCCGCAUUGGCAGCCGACAUUGACCCCUACACGGCGAGGAGAUGACCUGGUCUUGAACGUACAAUAA